AUGCGGGAGCGGCUGAAGUCCAAGGAGGGCCGUCUGCGAGGCACCCUGAUGGGCAAACGUGUAGACUUCUGUGCACGGAGCGUCAUUGGCGGCGACCCGAAUCUGGACACCGAGCAGGUCGGCGUCCCAAGGUCUGUGGCUUUGAACUUGACCUUCCCAGAGCGUGUCACUCCGUUGAACGCCAACUGGCUAAAGGAGCUGGUCGUCAACGGGCCAACCACCUGGCCGGGCGCAAGGUACAUUAUCCGUGACGACGGGACUCGCAUUGACCUGCGGUACAUCGGCGACCGGAAAGCGAUAGAGCUGCAGUUUGGUUGGCGCGUAGAACGCCAUAUGCUAGAUGGCGACUACGUCAUCUUCAAUCGACAGCCAUCACUGCACAAGAUGAGCAUGAUGGGCCACAGGGCCAAGGUCAUGCCAUUCUCUACAUUGCGAUUCAACCUUGCUGUGACGUCGCCCUACAAUGCAGAUUUCGAUGGAGAUGAGAUGAACCUGCACUUAGCCCAGUCGCAAGAGACCCGCGCGGAGAUCAAGCACAUGAUGCUGAACCCGCGACAGGUCGUGUCGCCUCAGGGCAACAAACCCGUGAUGGGCGUCGUGCAGGACAGCCUCUUAGCAACAGCGAAGUACACCAAGCGGGACACAUACAUGGAGAAGGAUCUGUGCAUGAACAUCCUCAUGUGGCUGCCUGUCUGGGAUGGUCAACUUCCCAUUCCAGCGAUCCUCAAGCCGAAGAUGCUUUGGACAGGCAAGCAGAUCCUGUCCAUGCUUCUGCCCAAGACGUUGUCAAUGAAGCGCGAUGCAGCCAUCGCGUCCAAGAACAAGAAGGAUGAGAUGGAUUUCGCAGCGAGCGAUUGCAGGGUGCUCAUCGUCAACGGCGAGCUGUUGAGCGGGAUCGUUUGUAAGAAAACCAUCGGCUCCUCUGGCGGCUCUUUGCUCCAUUUGGUGUGGCUGGACAGUGGGCCGGAGUGGUGUCGCAACGUGCUUUCCUACAUCCAGAAGAUGGUGAAUCAGUGGUUGACACACAAUGGGUUCUCCUGUGGCGUGGCAGACAUCAUUGCCAACGACCAGACACUGCUAAGUGUGGAGAAGACCCUGAAACAGGCCAAGAAAGAGGUCCGAGCGCUGCUGGCAGAUGCGCAGCGCGGGAGGCUGGAGACGCAGCCCGGGAAGACCAUGUACCAGUCUUUCGAGGCAAAGGCAAACCAGCGGCUGAACUCUGCCCGCGAGGACGCCGGCAACAUCGGGGCGAGCUCGCUGGAUGAGCGCAACAAUAUCAUCUCCAUGGUGAAUGCUGGCUCUAAAGGGUCUCCUCUGAACAUUGCCCAGAUUGUGGCCUGUGUGGGCCAGCAGAAUGUGGAAGGUGCCCGUAUCAGGUAUGGAUUCAACGAGCGGACGUUGCCCCACUUCACCAAGGACGACUAUGGUGCGGAGGCUCGGGGCUUCGUGGAGAACUCUUACCUGGCGGGCCUGACACCGCAAGAGGUCUGGAUGCAUGCCAUGGGAGGCCGCGAGGGAGUCAUCGACACGGCCUGCAAGACCUCGGAAACCGGGUACAUCCAGCGUCGCCUCGUGAAGUCCAUGGAGACGUUGAAGGUGGCCUACGAUGGUACGUCUCGCAACGCCUGCAAUGACAUCAUCCAGUUCCUCUAUGGUGAGGAUGGUAUGGACGGCCUUUGGAUCGAGGAUCAGACACUGGACAUCAUGACUUACGACAACCGCAAACUUGAGAACACCUUCCAGCACAAGUAUACCGAUGCAGACUAUGGGCUCGGAUGGCUUCCAACGGAAGUCUUGGAGGACAUCAAGGGCAGCUUUGAGCACCAGCAGCUUCUCGACAAGGAGUGGGACCAUCUGAAACUCAUCAAGCAUCGGAUCUGCAGUGAGGUGUACCCCGACGGUGAGACGAAGCAGCACAUCCCCAUCAACAUCUCGAGGCUGCUGGACAGGGCUCGCAACCGCAUCACUGAUGAGGAUGGCUCUGAAAAGCAAGAGAGGUAUACACCCAUGGAGAUCGUCACAAAAGUGGAAGAACUGAUGAAGCAGUUGGAGGUGACACGAGCCAUUGCCGAAGGCGAUACCAUCGGGCGUGAAGUGGAAGACAACGCGAAGAUCGUCCUCAAUGCGCACCUCCGGUGCGCGCUGGCCUCACGGAAGAUCCUGGAGAAGGAGAAGCUUUCCAAGCAGUCCUUCGACUGGCUGGUCGGCGAGGUCAAGCAGAAAUUCAUGAAGUCCCUCGUUCAUCCAGGUGAAGUGAUUGGGACGUUGGCAGCGCAGAGCGUCGGUGAGCCCGCGACGCAGAUGACACUGAACACCUUCCACUUCGCCGGGGUUGGUGCCAAGAACGUCACACUCGGGGUGCCCCGCUUGAAGGAGCUGAUCAAUGUGGCGAAGAAGGUGAAGACGCCUUCCCUGGCUGUAUACCUGAGCGGGGACCUGGGUCAGAACCAGGAGCGCGCCAAGGAUGUGCAGAGCAUGCUCGAGCACACGACCCUUGAGAAGGUGACCUCCUUCACCCAGAUCUUCUGGGAUCCUGAUCCAGAGAACACGUUGGUUGAGGAGGAUCAGGAGUGGGUCUCCCUGUACUACGAGCUCCCAGACGAGGAUGAAAACCCUGCUCGCUGUGGGCCAUGGCUGCUGCGCAUCCAGCUCAGCAACAAGGUCAUGACGGACAAGAAGCUGACGGUGCGCGAGGUGGGAGAGCGCAUUCUGGGCGAUUUCCAGAAUGACCUUGACUGCAUCUUCACGGAUGACAAUGCUGAGGAGCUGGUGCUGCGGAUCCGGCUUCUGAAGGCUGAGGCUUGUCACGCUUGCCAUGACCUGUUCCUGCGCCAUCGGAGCACCAUGGAGCCCGUGCCCAACAGUGAACUGGAGUACUUAUUCGGCGUUUCGGCCUAUCGUCAAGGCUGUGCUUCAGUGACCGAGGCACCUGGGCCCUAUGACCCGCGGGACGAUACCGAAGAUAAGAACUUCAAAUUCCUGAGGACGAUCGAGUCAAACAUCCUGAAAGAGAUGACCUUGAAAGGCAUCGAGGGCAUCAAGAAGGUCUUCAUGCGUGAGGACAAGGUGACCAAGUACGACGAGCGGACUGGAAAGUUCGAGCGGUCCCAGGAGUGGGUGCUCGACACGGACGGAGUCAACAUGGAAGAGGUCAUGCAGCUUGAAGAGGUGGACUUCAAGCGCCUGCAAAGCAACGACAUCGUUGAGAUCCUCAACGUCCUGGGCAUCGAGGCAACACGGAAGGCGUUGCUUUUCCACGUUCGAAUGGUGAUCUCCUUCGAUGGGUCUUACGUCAACUACCGACACCUGGGCACGAUGUGCGACGUCAUGACGAAUCGUGGGCACCUCAUGGCGAUCACACGCCAUGGUGUGAAUCGCACGAACAUGGGCCCGCUGAUGAAGGCAUCGGUGGAUUCUGAGACGGCUGUUGCUGUGGCUCAUGAUCGCGAAGAGGCCGUGCUGCCGCAGACGGACUCCACCUACCAAGGCUGCCAAACUGCGAAGAACCGGGCCUGCGUAGAAAUCUGUCACAACAAGGUUGAGAUCUUGAUGGAUGCAGCCAUAUACCACGAGACGGACCACAUGCGGUCGGUGUCCGAGAACAUCAUCUUUGGCCAGCUGGUCCCAAUUGGUACUGGGAGCUUCGACGUCCACAUGGAUGACAUGAAGACUGCGGAUCCAGAGAUGAACCACCAAUCCCUUUGUUCCCUGGACCACGCCACCGAUGCAUGGGCAGGAAAAAACUUCGCAGCAUGGUUCACAGAUGAAGGGACUGACAGGAACACAAACUCUUUGGACCAAAAGCUGCGCCAGUACUACGCCGUGAACACCCCGGAGCCGCACCUGGAGGAGGAUGAGUUUGAAGACAACGUGCAACUCCCAGAACUUCCGCUUACAGUCUUCGAGAAUGCCGAUGACUAUGCUGAAACUCCACAGGAGAACGAGGCCAUGAUCGAUGGUCUGUUCCCUACAACCGGAGGCAAGCUGCGUGCUUGUCCCCAGGUGUCGCCAGACAGCCCGGGUGAUCUGGGAGAAGGCGACGCCUCGGGCAACAACACCCUAUGGCGGGUGCCCUUCCACGCUGGAGAUUUUGCCGUUGUUGUUCGUGAGGUGGUUCCUUCGGACAUCACCAUCGUUGAGGAGAAGAAGACGAUCGGAAAGCGCAAAUUGAUGCCCUGGGAGAGCACCGGUCUGCUCGGAAUGGCCCCCAUGAUCCAUUUGCACUACAGCAAGCUGGACAAGGGCGACAAGCGCAAGAUCCUCUCCCGCAAGUUCGAUCCAGAUGACGUCUCCGAAGCUAACCAGAUCUGCAUCCGUCGACAGGAGUCCGUUCGGAAGGAGGUGGUGGCCACGAACUUCAUGUGGGACACCGCGCUUGGCAUGGCUGGGCUGACGUGGUGGUCCUUCCGCAGGUACAACUACCAAUCGCGCCUCGUUGCGCUGCCCUUCAUCUUCUAUGGUGGAACCUUCGUUGGACGUGUGAUUGGCGACAUCGUCACAGGCCGGAACGCCGAGUUCAGCCGUGAUCGCUUUUUGGGCCAGCUGCCUGCCAAGGUGUACUACAACAACUGA